AGUUUUUCUGUGGAGUGCGAUGUAUUAAUAGUCUUUGAAAGUAGUUGUGUCGAAUUUGAGACCUCAUUUGAGUCAUUUGUGAUUUUUUACAAUAUUUGAAAACAAACUGUAAAUUAAACUUUUAGCGAUAUUACUUUCACGGAGGUAUAAAUAAAUUAAUCAAUCAUGGCUAAGAUGGCAUUUCAACACCAAGCCGGAACGGCAAUGGAAUGUCUUAGUAUUCCAAUAACGUUACAAAAAGAGGCCGGUGUUGAUGCUGAAGGCCGUGAAGUUAUGAAAUGUGGAUUUAAAAUUGGUGGUGGUAUAGAUCAAGACUAUCGUAAGAGUCCUCAGGGGUAUACGGAUAAUGGCAUCUAUGUAACUGAAGUUCAUGAAGGAAGCCCAGCUGCGAAAGCUGGUUUACGUAUGCAUGAUAAAAUUCUACAAUGUAAUGGGUAUGACUUUACAAUGGUUACUCAUAAAAAAGCUGUUAGUUAUAUAAAAAAACAUCCAGUAUUAAACCUCCUAGUGGCAAGAAAAGGUGUGACUUCCACAUAACUAAAUUAAUAAUCCUAGAACAAGAGAUAUUAUCGUGUUAUUUAUUUUUUAAAUAAGUUUAGUUAUUUAAUUUUGUAAUAUAUUAAUUAGGACAACAUAAAAUUACUUCAGAUUGGAUGUCUGUAAUAUUGUAAUAUUUAGCUUAAUAAUUUACUUAUAUUUCAUAACAUUGGUAAAAAAAAUAUAAAAUAUUACUCUAACAUUGUUUAUAACUAAGAAUUUUCUUAUGAACAUUUAUCAUGUACUCUAUUACAGUCACCUAAUCUUUAUGAUAGCUGCUGAUCAUAAGUAACAGAUUCAGGUUACCAUGUUUUCAAUUAAAAAUAUAUAUAAUUGGCAUAAAUGGUGAGAAUGAAAUGCUUUUUAUAAGUUUGUUUGUAUCUGUUGACUAUAGUAAUAAGUAUUAAAACUAUAUAAUUUGUAAUUAAAAUGGAUUGAUGUGUGCCAAGUUGAAGCUGUGUUUCACUUAAAUGUUUAAUAGUAUAUAACAUGAUUUCAACUUUUGUAUCACCAAAGACUAGUGAAAAAGAUCACAAUGUUUAAACACCUCAAUACCUACUUAUGUGUAACAUGGUUUGUUUGUUAAAAUAAAUAAGCAAUAAGUAUCAGUAUAAACUUUAUGAAACUAAGGUUUUGAUAUGACAAUUUAUGUAAAAAUAUAUUUUAUUUUUUGUAAACAAAAUGUUAGUAAUACUUACUGAAAAAGUAAAUGUCACACUCAUCUUGCUAAUAUGUUGCAAUGACCAUUUUAUAUGCUGUGUUAUAUUUUUUUCUCUUUUAAAUUAAAACAAAUCUUUCUU